AUGAUCGGCCUCAUCGACGCGUCGCCGACGCCCUACCACAUGGCGCGCAACGUCAAGGAGCAGCUCGUCGCGAGGGGCUUCACGGAGCUCGAGGAGGGCGAGCCCUGGAGCGACGUCGUCGAGGCCGGCGGCAAGUACCUGAUCACGCGGCACGAGGGCACGAUCAUCGCCGUCGCCGUCGGCGGCCGAUGCGACGGCACGAGGGCGGCGUUCAAGCUGCUGGGCGGCCACACGGACACGCCCGUGCUCAAGGUGCGGCCCGUCUCGAAGCGGUCCGACGCCGACGGCAAGGACAAGUCGGCGGCGAUGGCCCAGGUCGGCGUCGAGUGCUACGGCGGCGGCCUGUGGCACACGUGGCUCGACCGGGAUUUAGGGGUCGCGGGCCGCGCGGUCGUGCGCAACGGCGACGGCACCUUCGACGCGCGGCUCGUGCGCGUCGACGCGCCCGUCGUCCGCGUGCCGAGCCUGUGCAUCCACCUCCAGACGGCGGCGGAGCGCGACGCGCUGACGCUCAACAAGGAGACGGACCUCCAGCCCGUGCUCUGCUCGACGGCCGCGGCGCAGCUCCAGCCGUCGGCGGACGACGACGCCGAGGCCCCGGCGACGGACGGCUGGGCGUCGCACCACCCGCCGGCGCUCGUCGACCUCGUCGCGCACGAGCUCGGCGUCGAGCCCGAGGACGUCGCCGACUUCGACCUGACGCUCUUCGACACGCAGGCGGGCGCCAUCUCCGGCGCGUUCGGCGAGUUCGUCGCGUCCGCGCGCCUCGACGACCAGGCGGCCUGCUACGCCCUCACGGAGGCGCUCCUCGGCCACGUCGACGACGCCGACGCCUUCGCGGACGACGCCGACGUCUCCGUGGUCGCGCUCUUCGACCACGAGGAGAUCGGGUCCGCGUCCGCGCACGGCGCGGGGUCGCCGGUGCUCGGCGACGCGCUCGUCCGGCUCCACCGGUCGCUGCGGAAGGCCCAGGGCAGCGGCGCGAAGGACGGCCUCGAGGACGCCGAGGCGCUCGCCGUCGCGAUGCGGAGGUCGAUCCUGCUGUCCGUCGACAUGGCGCACGCGGUGCACCCGAACUACGCGCACAAACACGACGGCGCGCACGCGCCGCGCAUGAACCACGGCCUCGUGCUCAAGGUCAACAACAACCAGCGCUACACGACGGACGCGGUCACGGGGUUCCUGCUCCGCGAGACCGCGCGGCGCGGCGGGCUGCCGGAGCUCCAGGACUUCGUCGUGCGCAACGACUGCCCCUGCGGCUCGACGAUCGGGCCCAUCCUCGCGUCGCGCUUCGGCAUCCGCGCCGCGGACGUCGGCAUGCCCCAGCUCUCCAUGCACUCCAUCCGCGAGAUGGGCGGCGUCCACGACAUCGACCUCUCCGUCGACUUCUUCCAGUUCUUCCUCAAGGACUUCCGCGCGCUGGACGACUCGCUGAGCAAGUGA